UGAGUCGCGGAAAUUAUACAUUUUUUAAGUCGUCUCGCGUUAGUCGUCUCUUUUUAUUUACCGUUCUAGUGAUAUCAGACAAACUCUUAUUGUAAAUAAAAGACGAAUCUAUGAUAUAACUGUAUUCUAUUUACAUUGGCGUUCAGAUUAUUAACAUCUCGGUCUUUGUGUGAUUUGUAGUUAUGUGUUCGGUAACAUAGUGAGAGAAAUUUAAUUUUUUGCUAGUACUAGACUAGGCGCCAGAAUGUCUGAUGAGUUAGAAGCCAGGAUGUGGGAUGACGGGGGCUCAAGGUACGAGUCCAGGAGUCGGGGCGCGUACUUCGAGUCUGCAUUUGCAUCUUCAGAACAUUUAGAUAGAGCUCCUUUGUUAUCUGAAGAAACUUACACAGAGGUGCCGGUGUCUCCGACGCCAGAGGCCGAGCACUGCCACUGGAAGCCGCAGUCGGAGCCUCCCAGCGCGAUACCCCAGCUGUUGAUAGCUCUAGUCCUGUGCGGAUUCUUUAUGAUAUGCGAGCUGAUCGGCGGGUAUCUGGCGGGCAGUUUGUCGGUGAUGUGCGACGCGGCGCAUAUGCUCAGCGACUGUGGUGGGUUCGCACUGGCGCUGCUCGCUUUCCACUGCGCGAAGCGGCCACCCGAUGUCUACAUGUCGUAUGGAUACAAACGGGCCGAGGUGCUGGGUGCGAUGGUGUCAGUUCUUCUGAUCUGGAUUCUGACUGGUGUGUUCGUGUACGUGGCGGCCGUCCGACUACACACGGACGAGUACGACAUCGAGCCGAACAUAAUGAUGAUCGUGUCCGGCUGCGGGGUCGCCUUCAACGUCAUACUGGCGCUCGUGUUGCAUGGCUGCGCGUCAGACAUAGCUCACCACCAUACACACGGCGGCGCAGCGUGUCCACACACGCACACACAUAACCACGACGCGGACACGCCACGCGUCGGGUUCCGUCUGUUUAGAAGAUCCCGCGAACACAAACAGACGAACGGUGCUCUAGUAAAUGGUGAUUACAGCAUGAAGGAUCUGUCCAACGCUGAGGCGAAUGUCGUCGGGUCCCAGGCCAGGAAUAUCAACCUGCGCGCGGCUCUCAUACACGUGAUAGGCGAUUUGAUACAGAGUUGCGGUGUGUUGCUCGCCUCUGUGAUCAUCAAGUUUUACCCGGCGGCGAAGCUGGUGGACCCGGUGUGCACGUUCGCGUUCAGCGUGGUGGUGCUGGCGACGUCGGCGCGCGUGGUGCGCGACGCGCUGCGCAUGGUGCUGCAGGCGGUGCCGCCGCGCUUCCCGUACCGCGAGCUGGCCGCCGCGCUGGCCGCGCUGCCCGGCGUGCGCCACGUGCACUCGCUGCACGUCUGGGCGCUCUCCACGCACCACCUCGUGCUCACCGCGCACCUCGCGCUCGACGAGCUGGCGGAGGCGGAGAGCGUGUUGCGCGCGUGCCAGCAGGUGGCGCGCGUGCAGUUCCCGGUGCAGGCGGCCACGUUCCAGCUGGAGCGCUACUCGGCCGCCAUGGCCUCGUGCCGCACCUGCUGCCAGCAGCCCGCGCUCGUGCCCUGACACCUCACCACGCUCUCGCACUAGCUGCCGCCUCGAAUACGCUCUGGUGUGAAAGAGGUGUAAUAUUUCAAGUCUCGUGAACGCAGCUUUUGUGAGGUGAGUUCUAUGUCAUAUGACUGAUAUUAUAAAAGAAAGAGAAAAAGGAGACGUGGAAAAAGCUAGACUGAGCUGACUGUCCCACCGUGGAAGUGUUAAAAGGGCAUAGACUAAGAAUCGUUACAUUCGUGGCUUAAGAUUAUAUAAAAAAAAAAUAUUGGCUUAUUUUUUAUGUAACCUUCAUCUAUGGAUAGCUUCAGAAAUGCAUAAUGAAUAUAUAUACAAUUAAACAUACAACGUUGUUCAAAUUUAGAAUACCGUAAUUUAUAUUUUUUGUGAGCUCCCGAUCUUUAUUUAUUUAUUUAACUGAAUUAAGUAUAUUUCUAAAUAUUAAUUAUAUUUUUAUUUUUAAUAAAAUAUAUAAUAUAAAAUUUGUAUUAAAAAACGAAAAAAUUGUAACCUGCAUAAUAUCACAGUGGAAGGAAUAACCAGUGGUUAAACGCCUUUAACACGUUCCGAAUGAUAAUAUAGCAGCUCGGGACACUUUGCAGUGCUGCAGAGUCUAUACGUUUGACCACUGGUUGCUAAGAGUAAUAACUUGUUUAUACUGUGACCAUAUGUUAUAAAAAAAGUACAGUAUUCCAGAACAUUCCAUUAAAUUAUUUGUAUAUACAUAAUGUAAUAUUAAAUUAAUAGUAUUUUAAAUGUGCCAAUUUUUUAUUAGCAACUGUUCCAUACAUUUUUUAACAUUGUUAUUAAAUAAAUGUAUUUAGAAUUGACAUGUAUUGGACAAAUAAUUAUUUAGAGAGCACAUACUGUAAGAUUGACUCCAUCUGUAUUAAUUCUUAAUUUAGAAAAUAAACAAAGUAAAUCUCUUGAUUUAGUACAAAGACGAGCUGUGAGAAUAGACGACGAUUCCAAGCUCACAGGCGGUAUCGAGCCCUAAGGCUAAAAGUCUAAGGCCUCUUUGUGCGUUCUACCAUUUAUAUAACGGAUUGUGUUCUUAGGAAUUGUUCGAAAUAAUGUCCACAGCUACCUUUUAUCAUCUCACCGCUUGCUAUUGUCAGGGAAUUCAUUCUCACACGCUUGGACUUAAACUCAAAAACUUAAACUUAAAAAGCUCAGCCAUUUAUAAAUAGAUUUGAUUUUUUUUUAUUUGAACAGAUAUACUUUCAGAUUACUACCAUAUAAAUUUCAUCAGAAUCGGUUCAGUAGUUUGAAUCUUAAAUAAAAAUAACUGGUUUUUCCACAAUUGAAGUCAGUGAUUUGUUUUUUUUGUGAAACAAAAUCGACUUUUUCAAUUUAUUGCCCUAUAAAAAUUGUUUUUUUAAUUUACAUAGUUUGGAAUUGGGUAAUGUCGUUUGUAUACGAAGACAGUUAAUACAGGUGUUGCCAGUCUUAAAGUAUAAAUUCUCCUAAAUGUGUAAUUAGAUUUAAGGAAAAGGUAAGAGGCGCCAAAAUGAAGUUUGAUAACAAAAAUGAUAUUUACAUGACUGAAAUGCACAAUAUAAAUAAUAAGUAUUCUAUACAGAGGGUUUUUGUAAAUGCAUGAAUAUGGAAUGGUAACCCUGGGUUAUUAAUUUACGCCGUAAUUUACGUGGGGUGUCAGUGAUGAAGUUAAUAUGUAGAUAGAUUAAUUAGUCCAUAAUAUAUUUUAUAUUCUGUAGCUGUUAAAAUAAAAAAAAAGUGUAUUAUAUCUUUUUUUUUUUUAUAUAAACCAGUUUGAAUUUCUGUUUUGUUCCUCACUAGCUAAUUGUAAUUGUCGAAUGUUUAACUUGAUUAGUUAUUAAUAAAGUUAUUAGAAUUUUCCCAUAAGAUGUGAUCAUGUGGUCAGUUAUUAUUCUGUCUAUUUAUUCAGCCCACAUCCACCCACUGCUGGGAUUAUUACAGCAUUUACUUUAAAUCCAUAUUAAAAAAUAAUAAAUAGGUCAUUUUACUAAAGUUGGUGACCCUGUCACCAACUGUAGGAAUUUUGCAGGGUCACCAACUGUACGAAUUUUUCUAGAACUUUUUGUUUCUGUCCGGAUUUUAGAUAAUUGUAAGAUUGACCGAAUAUUUUUCUAUUUUAUUACAAAAAUAUUGAAGGGAUAUAAAAUUUUCGAAUUAAAAACGUAAUUUCACUGGCGUCGAUUCUGAGGCGUCAUUUCUCUAUAGCGACUUCUAAAAUUAACAUUUCAAUUUGACAUCACAGCCAAUUCUUUAUUGUGAGGAUCUAUAUGAAAUAAUUUUUGACUAGGUUGAAGUUAAAAUAAUACUAUAUUAAUUUAUAUAAUAAUAAUAAAUUAUUAGAUUAAAUUGCCUCAGAAUUGGCUCCAUUGUGUAACUGUUUAAUUUCCGGUUUUUUAGAUAUUUUCAAUUUCUGUAUUAUUAUUGUAGACCUUGUGAGAUCUGACCACAUAUUUCAGAAAACGUUAAUCCUUACAAAAUAUGGAAAUAGUGAAAAUAAUAAUACAUAAUAUAAAUAGAAUAAAAAAUGUAUUAUUAAUAGUGAAUAAUUAAAAUAAGGUUAUGUUAUAAUUUAAACAGGGUUUGAAGCUGUUGUCCAAGUCAAUUGCGACUACAAGAUAUAAUAUGUAAGAUAAAAUUAUGAUUAGUAAUAAUAGGUCUCGCUAUAUAGUAAAUGCUUUCGACAUUACAUCACUCAGAUUGAAAGUUCCGGUAGUGUGGCAACGUCGCAGUUAUGUACCAAUUUUUUUUCUAAUAAUUAAACAAUUUAUAUUAUAACGUUUCUGAAAUGAUGUUGGGACUCCCGCGCUUUUGUUGCGCAUCAGAAAUUUUCGCUCAAGUAUGUAUUGAUGGUUUCCAUGCCAUCAUUCGUCAGAAUGGCGCGUUCAUAGUGAGAAGAAUGCGUGGAAGUGGCAACACCAUCUUUAAAAUGUCAGUUGAAAAUGUCCAUGCACCUGUGAUGAUAGGAUGUGCAUUUCGUCAGGAUGAUGACUAAAACACAAAAUAAGUAUUCCCUCGUUAGUUUAACCUUCUUUACUAAUAUAAUUUUAAGUUUGUUGCCAGCAUGAAAUUUUGUUGUUUGAUUAUAAAUAAAUUUGGAAUUGUUUCUAAUUGAUUAUUUAAAAAGUGCUCUGAUAGCGAACCAAAAUAUAUGUAAUGUAAAUCAUUAAAUAAGUUGUGAUACCUACCACUAAAAGUGUUGCACUCACUUCGUAUUUUGCUUCGAAUAUAUUCAAAUAUAUAUAUUUUUGCUAUCAAAAUGCGUAUUCUCAGAUAUAACUUUAUAAGAAACUUGUUGAAAUAAUAUUUUAGUUCGCUAACAAUCAGUAAAAAAUUUAUGAAAUAUUAUUAUUGAAAUUAUUUUUCAAAAUUGACAGAUUUAAUUUCAUUCGAUGGAACCGAAAGAUGUAAUAUAUAUAGUUGUUUUAACCAUAAGAUAGUUUGCUGAUGUCAAUAGUUAGUACAAAUAAAAAAUCGAUCAGUCAAUUGAAUGUUUCGACUUAUUAUCGAUUUAAUUUAAAAACUGUUUCUGUGAUAAUUUUAACAAAAUUUCACGAAAUAAAAUACAAAAAUUUAUUAUAUUUUCAUUACGUUCUAUUGAAAUAAAUUAUGUACUUAUUUAUUUAUUUACACUUUAUUGCACCAUAUAUAAAAAUAAUAAAUACAGUUAAUUAUUAAUUAUAAUACCAACGUUGCCAUACUUCAGUAAGUUUCGAUAUGAACGCCCUAAACUUUUAUUUUUCCAGUGUUUUAAAAUAAUGCAAUUGGCUUUAAUCGCGUAACAUUCUAUUUAGUAAUUUACGCUUAUCCUUAAACAAAUGUUUUAAGUAUAUAAAUAAAUGUAUAAAAUAUAUAGUUAUAAAAUAGUUAUUAUUAUUAAUACUGAAUACUCAGACCAACAAUUAAACGUACAGAUGGAAAAUUGUAGUUUGUAUGUUGGGAAGGAAUGGUUCGAUGAAAUAAUUUUGAGGUUAAAUCUUAUUAAUGGCAACACCUUUGUAUUCGAAAAAAAAAAUUGACAUGUGAUGAACAUAUGUAAUUUUGAUACGAAUUUGUAAGUACGUUUAAUAGAUUAAGGAUCAUACUUGCGGUCCUUAAUAGAUAUGAUUAUGCAAUGACUGUAAUUGUUAAAACGAGACACCAUUAUAAGCAAAACACGGAUGUUUGGGCAAAAUAGGAUAUUUUUUGUCUUGCCCUGUAUACGAUUUUAUUUUUGGGUGACUCAACUUAUUUGCGACAUCAAAAGAUUUAUGUUUAUAUUACCCGUUUAAAUUAAAUAGCUAUGUAAUUAUUAUACGUCGCAAAUAAGAAGGUACUUUUUCUAUUUGUUCGUUUGCCCAAUGACAUCAGUCUGUUGCUAUUUCAUAUUGCAUACGCUCACAAUAUUAUAUAGGUUUUUGAGAUAUCAUAAUGAUAUCGCGUAAUGAUCCGUCUGUACAGGGUGAAAUAGAAAAUAGAGGUUCCAAUAUGAAAUUGAUAGCUGGAUUUUGAAGCUAAAAUUUGAAGUCUAUCAUUACAAACAGCACUGUGAGUUAGUAUGAAAGACUUUAAUUUGUUGUGGUUUUCCUACUUAUAUUUUUUUAGGAAAAGUCCAGUUUCUCUGAGCGUAUAGACUUAAUGGAUUCUAAUGAUUUCGUUUUAACCCCGUCAUUGAUUUGUUGGUCUGAGUUUAGGUAAUGAAACAGAAACGAGAUGAAAUAUAAUAUAUAAUAUCCACUGGAUUAUUACAAAUGUAUAGCUUAAAUUAAGAUUAUAACGAAAUUGUUCCAAAAAUAUAUUCGUAGUGUAGCUAAUGAUUGUUAUUUUUUUUUUUUUGUAAUUAGUUUUAGUGUCUGUUUACAUGUUGUUGUAAUUUAUUAACUUUUUAGAAAUAUGUAUGUAGAAAAAAUUGUUUUGAAUUAAAUUUGUUGAAUAAAAACGAAGAAAGGUUUGUACCGUGAUUUGGAUUAGUUUAUUUGACCUUUGACUUUGUAAGUAGGGUUACUAUCGAUUUUAAAAUCAAAUCAAACAAUACAUAAUUUUAUUUUAAUUUUUUUUUAUUUUGUAAUAACAUACAUCAUUUAGACAAUUCGAUAUAAAAAAAAUACGAGCUAUAAAUAUAUUUGAUUACAUAAUACCUAUUCACCCAUUUAAUACAUAAUAUCAUUUCUAAAUCUGUAAUUAGAGCCGUGAAGAAUAAGUCCGGAUAAUCGAAUAUUCGGAUAAUGAAGAUUCUAUUGUAUUACUUAAUUUAGCUUCUCUAAAUAAUUUUAAUAGUAAUUUAUAUUUAUUAAUUAAUUCAAUAUCUUGGUGUAACUUCUAUGAACAGAUCAGCAUGUAUUGAUUUUCACUUAAAAUUUAUUUUUCUAUAUAUAUAUAUAUAUAUUUUAUUAUUAGAUGUAGUUAAUGGAUUUUGUGCUCAAAUAGUGAAUUUAAUGUGAUAGCUUUUUAGAUAGUACUUGUAAAUGAUGUCAUGUUAGUUAAAUCUGACAUUUCUGCGGUAUAUAUCCUCUUUAUAUACCUAUAUAUUAUAUACAAAUCUUGUAAGUAAAUAACAAAAAAAAAUUGUAAUGGAUUAUUAUAAUAUAGUCGAAUUAAACAUUCUCAUUUUUGAAGUUGGCUAAGAAAUGUAAUUAUGUAAGAAUUAUACUCUGUACGUUAUAGCACAGUGCGAAUGACAGGUUAUUAAAAUCACGAAAAAAUACGGAUUCACUUUAACAUUUGACUUUGAGAAGUACCAAUUGUUAUUUUUUUUUUUUAUGUUUUGGAGGCGAAGUUGUACUCAAUACAAUAUUUUUAAACUGAACACUGCCAUAACUGUCAAUUGUCACACGCACCGUGCUACAAUGCGCAUAAUAUAAGAGGUAAUCUACUGCGGCUUGUUAAUUACACUAAAGAAAUAUCUAUGUCGUAAGCCAGAUCUUAGAAUUGAUCAAUUGAUGUGACCAACCAUUCAUGAAACUCCCAACGCGUCUCUAACGGUGGAUCAUUAUUAUAUCAGUCGUUAACUCUUUAGGGGGGGGGGGAUGCCAGUAGUUGCCAUGCUUGGCAGGCUGAUUGGCAACCGCAGUUAGGCUUUGACGAUGUUUAAAGAGGGACGCUUCUAUCGAUCCCUCGAACAUUAAGUUCUCUUAGUCGCCUCUUACAACAAGUCGGAAAAGGAGUGGCCCAUUCUAUGCCGGUGCCAUACGGCAUAAUGGUGGAAUACUGUCUCAUGUAACUAUAUUACGAUAUGACCACUAAUCUUUGACCACAUCACGAAGAAGCCAUGCAUUUAGCUGUUCAUAUUGUCAAACGUUGAUUUAUUCAUUGACGUGGCCAAGUUGCAUCAUGAUGUGGGCUGUAGGCAUGGGUGAUAUGGAUGCCGAUUGUGUAUCUAUCAAUUGAAUUCCUCUGGAUAUUAAUGGCGGAAAGUCAAUACCCAUUUUGAUAUCGCCCAUAUCAAUCGGAUGUCUAUUUUCGAAUAUGUAAAAAUUCUGUUAUCUAAUAAUAUUUUUUGGAUAACAUAUUCGUUAUUGGAUCAGUAUAUAGAUAUUGUAUCUAAAAUUACCAGAGGGAGACUUUGUACAAAAGUCGAUUGCUUGGGUACCUCUGUCCCAUUCGUGUUUCAACCGUGAAGCAGUUGUGUUUGCAGGGCUGUGUUUCAGUUUUGAAGGAUGGGAUAUUGUGUGAAUUUACUGGGUACAGAGAAAUAUCACCUGAGUCCUCAGGAAUGGCAACGCAUGGGGGGUAUCAUGGGCGAAACAGUAUACUCUGUUAUGUCCAUGGUAUUGCUUAUGUCUAUAGGCGACGGUUACACUUUCCAUCAGGUGGGCCGUCAGCUUGUUUGCCAUUCUAAGUUGUAUAAAAAAAAUAUAGUAAUUGUAUCUAAAAUAUAUAGAUAUUGCAUCUAAAAUAUAUGGAUAUUACUAUAUAUUACCCUAAUGAUCUUUAAUGUUCGACUAUAUCACGAAGUAUGCGUUUAGCUGUUCAUAUUGUCAAAUGCUGAUUAUUUAUUGAUUUGACGAUAUCAUAACUUUUUUUAUGCAAUUUAGAAUGCCAAACAAGCUAACGGCCCACCUGAUUACCACCGGAAAGUGGUAACCGUCGCCUAUAGACAUGAGCAGUACAUAGACAUAACAAAGUAUACUGUUUCGCUCACGAUACCCCCCAUGCGUUGCAUGUAUCUUUAUGUAGGCAGUGGGUAUUUACCAUUUCAUGAAAUACCAGUACAACCAUGUCAUGAAAUGCUCGGCUACAUCAUAAAGUGAUCAAUUCUAAGAUCUAGCCAUGACAUCUACGUUAAUAUUUUUUUUAAUGUAUAAUACGUAUUUGUUAUAUUUUCAAAUGCUACUUGUUUAGCGGGGCGGUAUACUUAAUUCGGUAAUAUAAUACGCACUUGUUGCGUAGUGUAAAUAGAAAGUUACUCAGCUGAAUAGCUGAGGUAUACAGGUUCGAGCCCUUGUGAAAAUUUAAUUAAAGUUUGAUACAUUUACAUAUGCAACAUGGCGUCGAUUCGCUGAGCCGCUAUUUCUUUAAACUUGUCUGUAACUUUAAAAUUUCAAUUUGGUAAUACAGAGAAAGUGAAAGCGAAGUGAAAAAUAUCCAAAGGUUGCCUGGAAGAGAUCACUCUUAGCGAUAUGGCAGCCUAUUGUUUUCUUAGUGUAAUAUUUUCUUGCAAUUGUUUGUAUUUAUAAUAAGUUUACUAUUGUAAUCUUACGGAGGAAACAAUAAACGGUAUCUAUCUAUCUAUCUAUUAAAGUGAAAUUUUUAUUUUAAGGACCAAUAUGAACUGAAUUUCUUACAGAUUUAAAUCAAUAUUGUAUUCAAUUUAGUUUUUUUUUUAAAGUUAAAAUAGUAAUUUUGUGAAAUUAUCAAAUUAAAGAAUUAAGAGAUAAGUUUAAAGAAAUGGCGUCUCGGAAUCCACUACAAUUAUAAAAAAGAUGUUAGAUUAAAAAUAAUAAAUGUAACGAUAUUUAUAUAUAGUGUGAAAUAGUCAUUAGUGUAAGUACAAUAUAAUGUAACCAUUUGUAUGGGGCAUGCCGUAUGGUUUCUAUUGAUGUAGCCAAGUUAUUUGUUAUAUGUGGAGCGAAGACGCCGAGGCUGUUUGCUGUUAGUUAUUGCAUUUAUAGGAUAAAUUCAAAUCGUCUUUAUUCAAAUAAACUUGUUUACUAGCACUUUUAAAUCGUCUUUUUUUUUUUAAUAUGUAAAGAUGUAAAGCUUUGCGCGAAAAAUAGGCUCUCAAGACACAGAGUUGGUGUACUUAGGAUUGCUUUUUAGGACUUGGGCCUUUAAAGAAGGCGUAUAUAUAUACUCUUAACAAUGUCUUUGUAAACCGUCGCUUGGAUCCUGAAGUGGGCAUGAAGAGGAGGGCCUCAGAAUUACGCCUAUCUAUGGCUUAGCAUCAUGUUGGCCAUAGUUUUAUACAUAUUAUACCUAUUUGUAGGAUAAAUAUGUCCUUGCUUUGUAGGGUAACAUCAGCCUGUCGGGAUGAAGGGGGGGGGGAGAUUGUUAGUAAUGGGGACUGGCGGUCUCAUAGCUAGCAAUAUACCUUAUCACUGGGUUAGUCUUGAAAUAAAAUCUAGUAAAUCGACAUUGGAAUUGAGACUUUUCGCACUAUCGAGUUGCAAAUUGAACUUACGACAUAAUGGUUCCAUACUGUUCUGAGAGAUGCAUACUAUUGUUAAUAGAUGCAUAUUAUUGUCUCUCUCUGCCUGCCCGUAUAUAUCGAUAUCGCAGGCGGAGUCAAUAUUUCAUUUUUACCGCCUUUUUUAUUUUCCAUUUUUAAACAAUUUCAUUCCAUCCCUUUAAAUAUAGAUUAGCGCAACCAUGAGAAGGAAAGACGCCGGAUGUUGGUGUCUUGUUCUGAUUCCAUAUACGUUAUGGCGAUAUGUACGUUCCUUUUUAAAAUUCAAGCAUUGAAAUGGUCUAUUCUAAUUAUUACUAUUUUUAUUCAAGCAAACUGAACUUUAAAGUACUUUGUAUAGUCAUUUUUAGCUAAGAUUAAUUUAAAUCCAUAAUUAAAUUUUAGCUGAAACUUUAUUUUUCAAACAGAAAUGGAAUUUUGUAUUUGUUUGGAUAUCAGUCAUUGAGUUCGAUUCUGAAAUGGCAUUUCUGUGAAGCUACUAACUUAAUAUUUGUUAUUUUAUAUUUUUGUGAAUUUUCUGUACCAUCUUAAACUAUAUUUAUAAUAAUAAUAACUUAAAACUAUUUGAAAUUUAGUUUAUAUUCAUUCUUAGAAUAAAGAUUUCGCUGUAAUAUUAAACAGAUUUUUUAAUUUUAGAAAUAGUUUUAGGGAAAUGGCGCUUCAGAAUCGACGUUAUUGUGUUCAGUAUUUAAAAAUAAACUGCUAACUUUUUUUUAACAAUCGCAGUAUUAUUUCCCGCCUUACACCAUGCGACGUAAUUUAUAAAUGACGACAACUUCAAGGUCUAAAACUAGCAGCAUCGAGCCUCGUAGCAGUUGCCAAAUGGUGUAACCAAAUAAAAUAUUUUUGUAUAAUAAGAUGAUAUACUUACCAUAAAUGUUAUGAUUAUGCUAUUGUUUGUUUUUUUUUUUUUUUGUUAGUAUAAUGCAUGCGUUCUCCGUCCCUGUUCGUAAAUUUUUGUUGUAUCCACUGUACUGAGGAAUAAAAUUAUAUAAUA